CGGCUAGGGGCGCAGCGCAGGAGGCGCCUACGGUGGCUGCGGCGGCACCGUGAGCGCGAGGAGGCGGCGGCUGAGGCGGGGGCGGGCUGUCGCGCGGCGGCGGGCACAGGUGUAAUGGAUAGGUAACAGAGAAACCCUCUUCACUGUCUCAUCAGGGAGGCAGAAUGACUGAGUGCUUCCUGCCCCCCACCAGCAGCCCCAGUGAACACCGCAGGGUGGAGCAUGGCAGUGGUCUUACCCGAACCCCCAGCUCUGAGGAGAUCAGCCCUACUAAGUUCCCUGGAUUGUACCGCACCGGCGAGCCCUCGCCUCCCCAUGACAGCCUCCAUGAACCUCCUGACAUAGUGUCUGAUGAUGAGAAAGACCAUGGGAAGAAAAAAGGAAAAUUUAAGAAAAAAGAAAAAAGGACUGAAGGCUAUGCUGCCUUUCAGGAAGAUAGCUCUGGAGAUGAAGCUGAAAGUCCUUCCAAAAUGAAAAGGUCCAAGGGAAUCCAUGUUUUUAAGAAGCCCAGCUUUUCUAAAAAGAAAGAGAAGGAUUUUAAAAUAAAAGAGAAACCCAAAGAGGAAAAACAUAAAGAAGAAAAGCACAAAGAAGAGAAACAUAAAGAGAAGAAGUCGAAAGACUUGACAGCAGCUGAUGUUGUUAAACAGUGGAAGGAAAAGAAGAAAAAGAAGAAGCCAAUUCAGGAGCCAGAGGUGCCUCAGAUGGACGUCCCCAAUCUCAAGCCCAUUUUCGGAGUUCCCCUGACUGAUGCAGCUGAGCGGACCAUGAUGUACGACGGCAUCCGGCUGCCGGCGGUGUUCCGCGAGUGCGUGGAUUACGUGGAGAAGUACGGCAUGAAGUGCGAAGGCAUUUACAGAGUGUCAGGAAUUAAAUCAAAGGUGGAUGAGCUGAAAGCGGCCUAUGACAGAGAGGAGUCUCCCAAUUUGGAAGAGUAUGAACCUAACACUGUAGCCAGUUUGUUGAAGCAGUAUUUGCGAGACCUUCCGGAGAAUCUGCUUACCAAAGAGCUGAUGCCUCGCUUUGAGGAGGCAUGUGGGAGGAGCACAGAGAGCGAGAAGGUGCAGGAAUUCCAGCGCUUGCUCAAAGAACUGCCAGAAUGUAACUAUCUUCUGAUUUCUUGGCUGAUCGUGCACAUGGACCAUGUUAUCGCAAAGGAACUGGAAACAAAAAUGAAUAUACAGAACAUUUCUAUAGUGCUCAGCCCAACGGUUCAGAUUAGCAAUCGUGUCCUAUAUGUGUUUUUCACACAUGUGCAAGAGCUCUUUGGAAAUGUGAUACUAAAGCAAGUGACAAAACCUCUUCGAUGGUCUAACAUGGCCACUAUGCCCACACUGCCAGAGACCCAGGAGAACAUCAAGGAGGAGAUCAGAAGACAGGAGUUUCUUUUGAAUUGUUUACAUCGAGAUCUGCAGGCUGGGGUAAAGGAUUUAUCUAAAGAAGAAAGAUUAUGGGAAGUACAAAGAAUUUUGACAGCCCUCAAAAGGAAACUGAGAGAAGCUAAAAGACAGGAGUGUGAAACCAAGAUUGCACAAGAGAUUGCCAGUCUUUCAAAAGAGGAUGUUUCCAAAGAAGAAAUGAAUGAAAAUGAGGAAGUUAUAAAUAUUCUCCUUGCCCAGGAGAAUGAGAUCCUGACUGAACAGGAGGAGCUUCUAGCUAUGGAACAGUUUCUGCGCCGACAGAUUGCCUCAGAAAAAGAAGAGAUUGAACGCCUCAGAGCCGAGAUUGCUGAAAUUCAGAGCCGUCAGCAGCAUGGCCGCAGUGAGACUGAGGAGUACUCCUCGGACAGUGAGAGUGAGAGUGAGGACGAAGAGGAGCUUCAGAUCAUCCUGGAGGACUUACAGAGGCAGAAUGAAGAACUAGAAAUAAAGAACAAUCAUUUGAAUCAAGCGAUUCACGAAGAGCGGGAGGCCAUCAUCGAACUGCGGGUGCAGCUGCGCCUGCUCCAGCUGCAGCGAGCCAAGCCCGAACCGCAGGUGCAGGACGAGGACGAGCCUGAGAGGCGUGGGGGCGCCGGACAGCCGUCCAGAGACAGCGCCCCAGAGACGAAAGCAGCUAAGGAGCAGCCAAAGGCAGGCAAGGAGCAGGCCAAGCCGUCCCCGAGCAGAGACAGGAAGGAGACGCCCAUCUGAGCAGCCCGAGCGUCA